AUGGCUACUAAGGACACGGAUGUAGCACCUGGAUCACUUGUUAAGGCUAUUGGUUGGGGUCUUAUAAACAAGACGACAUAUCCUGAGAUAUUACAGACACUGGAUGUGCCGGUUAUAGAGAGAAGUAAAUGUGAAGUGAUUUACAAAAAUUACUUUAAUAUGACUGUCGAUGAGACCAGUAUUUGCGCGGGUGGUGAGGGCCGGGAACCUUGCUCAGCUGAUUCGGGAUUACCAUUAACAAUUAAUAAAACACUCGUUGGUAUUACUGUGUGGACUAAUCCAUGUGCACAUCUAGCCUAUCCCACUGUGUAUACCCGGUUUGACAAACAUUAA